AUGUCUACUUCAUCAGCUAUUAAUCCAGUCGCAACAGUUAUUCAACGUCGGUUACUUAUUAAAGGGAGAUUUUUUCAUAGUAUACCGACCGAUAAAAAAUUUUUUUUAAUAACCUACAAACUUAUUCAAGAAAAUUCUGGCUUCUCAAAUGACGAUGAUUCUGACUAUCAUCUUAAAUAUGAUCAUGAAUUCAUUUAUUCAUUCAAUACAGUAAAUUAUUAUGUAAGCUGUAAAUUAUUAUCUCAUUCAACAGUUGAAGAUUUAUUAAAUAAUGAGAAGUUUGAUGUAAAUAUGCGAAAUAAUGAGAUACCAUUGUCUCCACAACAAAAAUUAAGUCUAGAAGAAAGCUUAUUAGUAAAGCUUUAUUUACGACUUUCACAAGGAGCGGAUGAAAUUAUAAUUUAA